CCCCACCCCUUGGAAAAAAUAAAAACCCAAUCUCGCAAACCCUCUCUGGACCCCGCGGUAGCAAGACUGUGAAGGGGUUGAUUUGUGGGGUGGGAGUCGCUGGCCCAUUGCGGUGCUUGGGAAUCAUUAAACUGUCACUCACCCCCCACCCCACUGGGUAAAUGGGGUGAUUAAUGUCUGAUAUAUUGGAAUGGGGCGAGGGCAUUUGUGGAGAAUAGGUUGUGUGGCUGAGAAGGAAUGUAGCUCCGAAGAGUGCCUCCUAGAAUAGGCGUUCGUUAUUAUGUCAUUCACCGCGAAGUUAGAGAAAGUUAGGUUUGUGACUGGCAAAGCGAGGACAGGACAGAGACGUUGGUUUUUGUUACUCUUUAACUCUGCCGCGGUUUCCUGAUGAGGACGGAGUGGUGAUCACCAGGGCUGCAACACUCGCGCCUCAGGCCUUUUCUACGCCUCACCCUCCCCAGAGUCUGUGGAGAUGUAUUUGACAUUCACAGAUGUCGCAGCACCUUGCAGGGCACUGGUCAGCCCAGCCCGGGUUACUGGACGAUUUCAUCAGCCAUUAGGAAAGAUCCACAAAGUCGAGCUAAAAAGUUCUCAAACUUACCAGACAUGCCCCCCCCCCUUACUGAAAGCCGAAAGGUUUUCCUGUGAUCAUCAAACAUUACAGAGUGACCCAAAAAGAUUGUUAUGGGACACAGAUCAAGGGGAAGACAGAGUUCUGCUUUUUCUGAGCGGAGAGUCAGAUCAGAUAUGCAGGUGCAGCGUUCAUUGUAAGUGGCUGUAGCAGGUUGUAUCAGUUUAUUAAUUCGUCUCAUUGAACUGAAGUACUUUCCAGGAUUUCAGAAAGUGCAGUUUCACCUUGUUGAUACUGAGAGUUGAAAUUUGCAUUAACUGGCAAUGUGAGAAAUUUUAUUGAGAAGGUAGUAGGAGAUGAGCAGUUAAGACAAGAGCAAAAUCAUAAGGUGAAUUGGGCUGGAGUAAUAGUUCUGCUUCGUCUUCCAGCAUUCUGAGACACGUAUGCCAUUAUCUCGGCAGGAAAAAAAAAUGAAAGUACCAUGAGAAUGUUGAAAUGGGCCUGGAGAUGUCAAUUGGGUUGGUUUAAAAAUAUCCCUAAGCUGCCUUUGAAACUGAACGCUGGAGUUGAAUAAAAGUGAAUGUGGAUUUCCUGAAUAGCGCCGUGGCUUGAGUGUGCUGUCAGUGUGUAAGCCAGUCCACCAACUUGAGACAGAAGUGUUGCUAUUCCAUAAAUACAGUAGAACUCCAUAUGCUGAGUUUUUCCAUUUCUUUCUGUUAGAAAGUUUGGAAAAAAAGGGAGACUUUGAAGUAUUUUGUUUAUACUAACAGAAGAGAAAAGUUCUCCUAAGAAAGAGCUGGUGGCAGGAGUGUAGAGGAGUAGCAUAUGGCAUUAAAGGGAGCACAGCUGGAGGUAGCAUUUCCAUCUGAACAUGAUGUCAGAGCAGCUGACAGCCUGCCAUCCCUCAGCCUUUUAUUCUAACACACAGACAGGGAGUUAGUGUGUGCGGAUCUGUGCUGGAGAAGGUAUCUUAUUCCUCUCUAACAUCAUCUCCACUUUGCAUCUGUCUCUCUUAGUCUGCUUUUUUUCCACCGAUGUAACAGACCUGGAGCCAGCGAGACUCAGAGGAAAGGACUUAAUCAGGUUUAUGUGUCCUAAAGGUUAUGAAGACAGUAUGGAGUUUCCAGACCACAGUAGGCAUUUGCUGCAGUGUCUGAGCGAGCAGAGGCAUCAAGGCUUCCUUUGUGACUGCACUGUUCUGGUGGGAGAUGCCCAGUUCCGCGCGCACCGAGCUGUACUGGCUUCGUGCAGCAUGUAUUUCCACCUCUUUUACAAGGACCAGCUGGACAAAAGAGACAUUGUUCAUCUGAACAGCGACAUUGUUACAGCCCCAGCUUUCGCUCUCCUGCUUGAAUUCAUGUAUGAAGGGAAACUCCAGUUCAAAGACUUGCCCAUUGAGGACGUGCUAGCAGCUGCCAGUUAUCUCCACAUGUAUGACAUUGUCAAAGUCUGCAAAAAGAAGCUGAAAGAGAAAGCCACCACGGAGGCAGACAGCACCAAGAAGGAGGAAGACGCCUCGAGCUGCUCGGACAAAGUCGAGAGCCUCUCCGACGGCAGCAGCCGCAUGGCAGGCGAUCUGCCCAGUGACGAAGACGAGGGCGAAGACGAGAAGCUGAACCUCCUGCCCAGCAAAAGGGACCUGGCGGCCGAGCCUGGGAACAUGUGGAUGCGCCUGCCCUCCGACUCCGCGGGCCUCCCCCCGGCUGGCGGGGAGGCUGAGCCACACGCCACAGCAGCUGGAAAAACAGUAGCCAGCCCCUGCAGCUCGACAGAGUCUUUGUCCCAGAGGUCUGUCACCUCCGUGAGGGAUUCGGCAGAUGUUGACUGUGUGCUGGACCUGUCUGUCAAGUCCAGCCUUUCGGGAGUUGAAAAUCUGAACAGCUCUUAUUUCUCUUCACAGGACGUGCUGAGAAGCAACCUGGUGCAGGUGAAGGUGGAGAAAGAGGCUUCCUGUGAGGAGAGCGAUGUUGGCACUAAUGACUAUGACAUGGAACAUAGCGCUGUGAAAGAGAGUGUGAGCACUAACGCCAGGGUACAGUAUGAGCCGGCGCACCUGGCUCCGCUGAGGGAGGACUCGGUGUUGAGGGAGCUCGAGCGCGAGGACAAAGCCAGCGACGACGAAAUGAUGACCCCGGACGCCGAGCGCGGCCCGGUGGAGGGCGGCAUGGAGAGCAGCCUGCUGCCCUACGUGUCCAACAUCCUGAGCCCGGCCGGCCAGAUCUUCAUGUGCCCGCUGUGCAACAAGGUCUUCCCCAGCCCGCACAUCCUGCAGAUCCACCUGAGCACGCACUUCCGCGAGCAGGACGGGCUGCGCAGCAAGCCGGCUGCCGACGUCAACGUGCCCACCUGCUCGCUGUGCGGCAAGACUUUCUCGUGCAUGUACACGCUCAAGCGUCACGAGAGGACCCACUCGGGCGAGAAGCCCUACACGUGCACGCAGUGCGGCAAGAGCUUCCAGUACUCGCACAACCUGAGCCGCCACGCCGUGGUGCACACCCGCGAGAAGCCGCACGCCUGCAAGUGGUGUGAGCGCAGGUUCACGCAGUCGGGGGACCUGUACAGACACAUCCGCAAGUUCCACUGUGAGUUGGUGAACUCCUUGUCUGUCAAAAGCGAAGCCCUGAGCUUGCCCACUGUCAGAGACUGGACCUUAGAAGAUAGCUCGCAAGAACUCUGGAAAUAAUUUUAUAGAUAUAUAUAUAUAUAUAUAUAUAUAUAUAAUAUAUAUAUAUACAUAGAUAUACAUAGAUCUCUAUCUAGUUGUGGUACGGUCUAAAAGCAGCCUUGUUUCCUGGAACUAAAUCGUCGGGGUGUUAACUCGGUUUUGCACUUUAGAGUAGCAUGAGACUCUCACUAAUUUAGCAUUCUGGUAAAAGAGACUUUGGAGCAAGUCGGAGACUAGAGAGGGCUUUUUCUUUCGAGGGGGUAGGGGAAGUAAGCCAAUAAGAACCUUUGAAACAACUCGUCCUAUCACAAGAUGCUUUCACAGGGCUUAAUUCUGUCGACACUGCAUUGUCUUCUGAGCGCGCUCUCUCCUCUCUCUCUCUCUCUCUCUCUCUCUCUCUCUCUCUCUCUCUCUCUCUCUCUGUCCCCCUCU